AGUGGAGAUGAGUAAAUCCAAGGAUGGUGGGGCCGGUGGUAUCAUCCUGAAGUAUCUCAGUGAUCAGAACAGACCAUACAGCACUCAGGAUGUGUUCAGUAACCUGCAGAGAGAGCACGGCCUGGGCAAAACUGCUGUUGUUAAAGCAAUGGAACAGUUGGCUCAGCAGGGGAAAAUCAAAGAGAAAGUUUACGGCAAGCAGAAAAUCUACUUUGCAGACCAGGAGCAGUUUCCCAGUGUGAGUGACUCCGAGCUCAAGAAUCUUGAUGCCCAAAUCUCAGAACUGUCUAUCAAGCUGCAGGGCACCCAGCAGAGCUAUAAGCAGCUAGAAUCAGAGCUGAAAGAUUUGAACAGCUCAAUGACCACUGAAGAAAUGCUAAAAGAAAUUAAGGAGCUGAAGGAGGAAUGUCACAGAUAUGAGGAAAAAUUACAGAAGAUAAAAUCUGCAACCAAUCAUGUUACACCAGAAGAGAAGGAGAAGGUGUGCAAAGACCGGAAGAAUUUCUGUAAAGAAUGGAAACAAAGAAAAAGAAUGGCUAUGGACAUAUUUGAUGCUAUCCUUGAAGGUUAUCCUAAAAGUAAGAAGCAGUUCUAUGAAGAAGUUGGCGUUGAAACAGAUGAAGAUCACAAUGUGACUCUGCCAGAUAUCUGACCACCUGGCAUACAAU